GCUCACUGAGGCGCCUGUGGAAUAAGACACUUAAGUGAUCCAGUGUAGGCUACUGACGCGUCACUUUGUGUGGACAAUUAUAUCAUUUUUUUCCAGUGAAAGCUGGAAGUGUGGCAUUGUUUGCCAAUUCGGACUUUCUGGGGAAACGCUUCGUUUGUGUCAGUGUGUAUAUUUCGCUGCUUCUGACGCUCCGGUGCACCAGCUGAGCCGGGUGAAAUUACACCCCCUGGACUUUUUUUUGUUAACUAACUCCAAAGAGAAGUCACCAUGGCAGAGACGUCGGCAGCUCCAGCUAAAGGCAAAAAGGCAGCCAAGCCCAAGAAACCUGCUUCUCACCCCAAGUACUCGGAGAUGAUCAAAGCAGCCAUCGUUCAUGACGCUAGUCGGAGUGGAGCGUCCCGGCAGUCCAUCCUGAAGUAUGUGAGGAAGAACUACAAGGUGGGCGACAACGUCGAUGUGCAGAUUAAACUGUCCCUCAAGAGGCUGGUGGCGUCCGGGGUCCUGCGCCACACCAGAGGCGUCGGCGCGUCCGGAUCUUUCAAGAUUAACAAGCCAGACGACACCAAAAAGCCACCCAGGACGCCUGCCAAAUUGACAAAAAGUAAACCCACCAAACCCACCAAGAAGGCGCCUAAACUCAAGAGGUUGUCCAAGGGGCCGGAAAAACCCAAGAAGGCAGCUGCAAAGAAAGCGAAAAAGCCCCCCGCGAAAAAGCCGCCACCACCGAAAGCCAAGCCACCAGCAAAGAAAGCCAAGCCCAAGUCAAAGGCAAAACCAAACCCAAAGAGGGCAGCCAAGCCCAAGCCUAAGCCAUCAGCCAAAAAGGGCAAAACAGCAAAAAAGAAGUAAAAGGACAAUUUCAAGAAAGUACCUGUAAAUAAUUAAGGAAAUGUUUUCGUAUAUGUAUUAUUUUUGUAAGGUCUCAUGCAAACUUAUGCUGUUUUUACCAGUAGUUUUAUCUCCAUUGCACUAUAGCCUAUAGAUGCUGUAGGAAUAAUUGUGAGCAUUUUUAUUUGGCGUUAAUAAUACUGUCAAUUUCUGUCUGAUCUUUGGAUACAUUGCUGAAAAGGAAAAAUGUAAAUACAGUUGAACUUACGAAUAGUUAUUGUCAGUGCACGGGGUCAUACUGAAAAUACAAAUGUGACAAUGAUGUGCAUUGUUGAGCCUUGACAAUGUACAGACCAUAGGUCGUGGACGUCAGCAAGAUUUGCCUAAAGGCUCUAUAGUUGUCAUUCAAAUUCCAUUUUGUAUAUUCCCUCAUGUUCAGAGGAGUCAUAACAUACAAACAUCCCACUGUGUUCAGUAACUUUUGAAGACUGUUUAUACUGCGAUUCAAUAAACCUUUGUCAUCUUCUACAAAA